AUGGACCCCAAUCUCGCCAUAGUUCAUGGCCCGACCGAGCCCGCCCUGUGGUCAAAAACACUCGGCAGUUUCAUCGACGACCAAGCUACUUCAUUUUCCCAGCGACCCUGUGUCAUAUUUCCAUGGCAAAAUGUCCGGCUUUCAUACGGCCAACUAGCCGAUCGCAGCAAGGUGCUUGCCAAGGCUAUGCUCGAAAUGGGUCUUCGGCAUGGAGAUUGCGUCGGCAUCAUGGCUGGUAAUUGCUACCAAUACAUCGAGGUGUUCCUGGGUGGUGCUCGUAUUGGUUGUCCUGUUGUUGUGUUGAAUAAUACAUAUACACCGAGUGAGCUGCAGAAUGCAACGAGCAGAAGUGUUUGCAAACUUGUCUUUAUAGCCUCUUCAAUUGGCAACCGAGAUUUAUCCGGGCAUAUUAAAGCUCUUAGGGGAAAUUUUCCUCAGAAUCCUGUACUACCAGAACUGCAGCGAGUGGUGUGCCUUGGAAAUGGUGCCCUCGAACAAGCUGGUGUUGAAAUACAGUCCUAUAGUACUUUCACAUCCAACGGGCAUUCUGUGUUUAUGAAUGAUCGCGUCCUCAAGAGGGCAGAGAAUGGAGUCACGCCUGAGGAUGUGCUCAAUCUACAAUUUACUUCUGGCACAACCGGUUCCCCAAAGGCAGCCAUGUUGACACACAACAACCUCCUCAAUGAUGCCCGCUUCGUCGGUGACGCCAUGGCCCUCACCCCAGAGGAUGUGAUAUGCUGCCCACCUCCUCUCUUCCACUGCUUCGGCCUGGUCCUCGGCUUCCUCGCAUCCUUCACGCACGGCAGCUCAAUCGUCUUCCCAUCCGACUUUUUCGACGUAAAACUCGUUGUCGACGCAAUGGUCAACGAAGACGCCACGGUCCUCCUAGGCGUUCCAACAAUGUACGUCUCCGAACUAGAAGUCAUGGCGAAAACGGGCCAGCGACCCCGCCGACUACGCACCGGUCUAGCAUCCGGAUCAGCCGUAUCGCAGGGCUUGAUGAAUGAAUUGCGGGCAAAAAUGGGCGUUGAGAAAAUGCUUAUCGCAUACGGAAUGACCGAAACUAGUCCAGUUACUUUUAUCACUGCGUUGAGUGACUCGGAUGAAAAGGGGACUAUGACGGUAGGCCGGGUUGUGCCGCAUACGGCGGCGAAGGUGAUUGGGAAAGAUGGGAAGAUUUUGCGAAGGGGGGAGAGGGGGGAGCUUUGUACUAGUGGGUUUGCUUUGCAGAAAGGGUAUUUUGGGAAUCAGGAGAAGACUAAGGAGGUUAUGAGGAGGGAUAGCGAUAGCGUGUUGUGGAUGCAUACUGGUGAUGAAGCGUUAUUAGAUAAGGAUGGGUACGCGCAGAUUACGGGGCGGAUUAAGGAUAUGAUUAUUCGAGGAGGAGAGAAUAUUUUCCCAAGGGAAAUUGAGGAGCGCAUCAUGUUGCAUCCCGCUAUUAGCGAGGCCAGCGUUGUGGGGAUCAAAGACGAGCGCUACGGUGAAGUCGUCGGAUGCUUCCUCAAGGGAGUCGAAGGAUCUUCCAGGAUCUCUGACUUAAAGGUGAAGGAAUGGGUCGGGCAGCAGAUGGGCCGCCACAAGACGCCGCAGUAUGUAUUUUGGAUUGGUGAUGCCAGAGUUGGUGAUGAUUUCCCCAAAACUGGAAGUGGAAAGCAUCAGAAGCAUAUUCUUCGGGAUAUUGGUAAUAGGCUGGUUGAUCAUAAGACAGUCAAGGCAAAGUUAUAG